CUUGUUAAAUCUUGUGCAAACUGUCUCAGUUUUUAUUAAUUUGAGGAAAUAAAUUGAUUUCAGGAAUUACAUUGUACAGAACUAUCAGUAUAGCAGAUGAUUCGGACGAAAGCAACGUGGAUUAUGUGUCAAUGUUUCAGUUAUAUUGAUACGAGAGCAAACACAAUAUGACUAAACGUAUGGAUAUGCAUACAAAUGAUAAGUAUAGUUAAUUAUUACGCACUUUUGAUAAUACAUCACGCAAUCGGGAUCAUGGAAGAACUAUUGGCCUUCGUUGUUAAAUAAUUUUCUCUCCAAAACGCCGUUACAAGAGGAUCAGGGGAUUUGAAACGCAAGCUAGAAGAUUAUUUGUCCAGUAUUACAAUUAUUUUCGCCAUUGCUAUAGUUGCAUUCCAAUAUACACCCACAAGUUUUGAACAGCGAUAUCCGGCAAUGAAUAUAUUAUAAUUUACCUCGGACAGCAAAAUGAAUGGUCGUGCCAUUUUGUCAGCAUUCGUAAUAUUUGUUGCAUUUGUGACAGUUGAUUGUCGAAAAUGUUAUACUUCGGCCACAUCACCUGAUAGCAAAUGUCCAGCAAGCAAACCUAAGUGUUGUGGCACCAGACGACAUGGCCGUCAUAACAGAUGUGCCAUGUCUUGCGUGCAUUUCAAAUGCGAAACAAAUUUUGACUGUGAUGGUUUAACAUGUUGUAGCGGUAACUGCUCUCAUAACAAGAAUUGUUUACCUGUAACAACUUGGGGAGUAGUAGGUAUUGUUGUUGUCAGUCUGUUUAUUUUGCUCAUCUUGUUUCGUUCAUGUCAGUGGUGUCGUAAAAUAUCGAAAAUCUGCAGACGACAAGAUACUAGAACUACUAGUGAAGAACAAGCAAACAACGAGCCACCAUUUGAGGUGUUUGAGUUUGAAAAUCAUGGUUUUAUCACUCCAAUGGCACCACCAGCUUACGAGAGUGUUGUACAGAACACAGGAUCAAGGACUGAUGGCAAUCCUCCAGUUUACAAUCUAAACUUGCAGACUAUAAUAAGUAAUUCUUCAACAAAUGAUCCUGCCUCCAAUAAUUUCGAGGUCAACAUUUCUAUCAGGGGAUCAACCCUGUUUAAUAAUGAUUUCCCACCAUCGUACAGUGAAAUAAGUCAUUCAGGUGAUGAUGAUGGUCAACCGCCAUUGUAUAGUUCAAGUCAAGGAGGUGAUUUUGAAGAAAGAAGAAUGACACUUAGUUAUAGUGAUGAACCACCACCUUACAGUUUAAAUGAAGAAUCACCAAACGUUACCACAACAGACGAAUCAAGCAAUACCACAACAGAUCCAGGCAAUAUCACAACAGAUCCAAUCAGUAUUGAUGACGAUUCCACCUUGGGGAAUGAUAAUUCUUCUUUUGAGGAACUUCAAACAGUAAGCAGUUCUAUUCCAGAGGCUGACAAUGAUCAAAAUUCACGCCAUAGCUCAAAUGUUUAUGAAACCGCUCCUGACAGCUGUGAAUCUACAGAUGAAAUAGUAAAUAAUGAACAGUUAUGUUAUAAUGUAAACCAAGAUGAAAACACUACAUCAUCAGAUUCGUCGAAUACUUCAAGUCAGUGUGAUAGCACAGUUUCUGAAACGACUACUACACAUUUUUAGAAUUCUAGUGAAUGGUAAUAAUUGUUUCGUUUGAAGGGAGAGAUUAUAUGCAGGGUACCAUGCUUUUGUAUAAAAAUUAUAAAUGUAGUUGUAUAGCUAACUAUACAUAUAUACUAAGUAUAGCUGUGGCAUUGUGCCAAUCGUCAUACUUGGUUUAGGGUCAACUACGCUUUACACAGGUAUAUAUAGCUAUAUAGUCAUAUGGUAUAUUUUACUCUAUGAAUACUAGAAGGAAUUAUGAUGUUUUAUACCAGAACCUUUUCAUCCCAUUCAGCUUAGUGAAGAUACGAUGCACCAGGGAAUCUGUAACUUACAUGAGUCUAUUUAGCCAAGGGUAUCUAAAUUUCUAAACUUGUGUCACGUGUAUAAACAGCGGUUCGUUUCACCUGUCAAAGUAAAAUUAAUAAAAUGCCUGCUUUCCAGGUUAAAUUAAGAGUGCUAUACUGGUCAUGCAGCAGAAUUAGUAUAUGUUUCCACCAAAGUUUCUAGAAAUUAUAUAGAAACGAUAAAUCGAACACUUUGAGCAAAGCCAAAAGGCAUUUUGUACAGAAUACAACUGGAUAUACAACCUCCGAGAGAACGUAUCCUAAAAUUGGUGUACAGAACUUCAUUGUCUCUCCAACCAUGCAAUCGAGGACAUUCCUCUCGAUUGUCUAGGAAAAAGUUAUUUCGCUGACCUCAAAAUGACAUUUCGUCAAAAUAAUUUUCUUCAAGAUUGGUUUAGAAACAAACUUGAAGUAGGGUUAGGUUAGGGUAAGGAUAGGGUUAGGGGUUAGAGUUGGUGUUUGGAAUAGGGUUAGUGUUAGUAAAACCGUUGCUUUGUUACGUUUUGUCACUCUGAGGCCAGCGAAAUAACCUCUUCCGAUUGUCUAUGCUUCAACUAAUGAGUUUAAAAAUAAUUAUGUAGUCAGUUACUAAACAUUCUCAAGUCAAUGCGCUAGCUUAUGGCCAGCACAUGUCAAUGAAUACUUACACACUAUAACCGAUAGGGUUUUAUAUAUGACAUGAAUGUUUUACAGUUAUAUGUGCAUGUAUAUGUUACCAUAAAUUAUACAUCAUUAGUGUAUGUUUUUGUUUUUGAAAUAUAAUGCAUAGUUGAAUAAAUUAUAUCGCAUAUAUAGUAUUUAAGUGUAUUUUACUGUAUGCAUAACUAUUAGGCAAUUGUAAAUGUAAAUUUGUCAUCAAGCUACAAAUUCCUAUAUAUAAUCAUACAGAUAUGUAUUUUGAAAAGAUUUCAAUGACUUAACAACUCUGUAAAACGCCAUAUUUGGCAUGCAUGGUGGUUUGUUUCGGAAAUUAUAUUACAUGUUGGGCCGUUUUUAUACUAUAAAGACGUAUUAUUACACUCUAAACUUUAUGUCACUAUUAAAUGCAUGUUAACACACUAUUUUUGCAUGUGUUAGGGAAACACCAAAUACACUUAUCAAGUAUGUUAUUUACACUCAAUAAGUGUUAAAGUGUUUCAAUAUAUACUUAUUGGGUUUAAUUUUGGUGUUUCCCUAACAUGUACAAGGCAUGCACGGUGGAAAAGACGGAGUACGGAGUGUGGAGUACGGAAUCAGUCAAAAAAUUG